CUUGUGUGAGUAGAGAAGUACAUUACUUCCAGAGGUGUUUGUCCUCCUCAUCAUCUACUGUGAAGUGAUAAACUGGCCAGCAGAGACGUCCGCUGCGAUGUCCCCAUCGGUCUGCUGACAGCGACACUGAGCAGAGGGAGGCAGCUGGAAGCUAGCUAGCUAGCAUGCAGCACUGGCCCGGCGUCUCCGGGAGGCGGCGCUGCUGAGAGGCGAGCGGUCGGUGCUGAGCGCGCGUCUGCCGAGCCGGGCCAUGGACGACUUCACCACCAGGACGUACGGCACCAGCGGCCUGGACAACAGACCUCUGUUCGGGGAGACCUCGGCACGGGAUCGAAUCAUCAACCUGGCAGUGGGGGGAUUUACAUCUUUGGUUGUUCUAGUAACUGUUAUCAGUUCCUUUGUGUUCCCCUCGCUGCCUCCACGACCGCUUAAUGUCUUCUUCGCCGUGUGCAUCCUGUUAGCCUGUGGAUCCACUAUAGUGCUGAUAUUCUGGUACCGGCAGGGCGAUCUGGAGCCUAAAUUCAGGAAACUGAUCUACUACAUGCUGGUGUCCAUCGUGCUGCUGUGUCUAUGUGCCAACCUCUACUUCCACGACGUCAGGUAAAAGGCAGGGACGAGGAAGAGGAGGAAGAAGAAGGGAAGACAUGGCCUUGACACGCGGAAGGACUACGUGGAGAGACAGACGGACCAACACACAACAACAACAACAACAACAGAAAAAAACUCAUCACACACUUGAAUGAAUCUCCCACCUGACCUGAAGCAAACUAAAGACUCUCGGACCAAAACCAGUGAAUCUUAAUGGUUCCAGUGGGAUGAAAACUGUCAGACUUUUUUUUGGUGCCGAAACAUAAUGCACUGAACACACACACACACACACACACGUCACAGUGUAUAAAUCAUGAUGUACUGUUAUAGGCCAUAAAUCUGCCUGGAGACACACAGCUGGAGGAGGGACUUUGAGUUGAAACCGACGUGUUUAUAUGAACAUAAAGUCACAACAACAAGCACUUAUGAGAAAAUAUAAUGGGUUUAAUAAGAGUGGGAUACGCAACAGUUAAAGGAAAAAUCUGCCCUCUGAUCCCGUGGCUGUAGGUCCCAUCUCGUCUGCGUAAUGUCUCCUUACAUGUUUUUCUUCGCCCUCGAGUUGUCAAUUAACUGUAUUUAUAUCUGCUGUCAGAAAAAAGGGGGCUAAAUGUUGCUUUCAGGCAUUGCGGGGGCACAGUGUUAAAUUAUAUAAACCUCUUAAUCAAGCCGCAUAAUCAAGAGCUGUGUCUCGUUUCAAGCGACGCCUUCGUCAAAGUUCGCUUUUUUUUGCCCGAGACCAAAUUUAACGGCCCAUUCAGAGUGAGACAACGUCACCACGUUGGGUUACAGGAACCGGGUCGAUGAAGAAGCCGCUGCAGGGAGUAAAUAAUGGAAGAUAGAAGAUAUGAAACGUCCCAAUUCUGUACUACAUGCAAAUAUCGUAGAGUGUUUACUGCUGUCAGAGUUUACAGUCUUUCAGUUGGUGUACGAGAAUGUAAUUCACCGUUUUGCACCAGAAGGAUUUGAUGCAAUACAUGCGCUCAUCAACGUCAGUCAAACUAAAUGUUUUUCCAAAGAUUUAAUACUUUUUUAGGGGGGGAGGGGUUUCAAAAUCUUCCUGGUGCUGUCAUCCUCACUGUCUGUAAUUCAAAUGUUUACACCUGUGAGCAGCACCUCCAGUUCCUCUGUGCAUUGCAUUGUGGGCAAUAAUGUACAUCAACAGCCCGCUCAGAAAACAAGGGGCUUUUGUAUAAUAAUGUAGUUAAUGUAGUAUGAAAUUGGGACGCUCGCAACAGCAGUCUGCUCCGUUUUUGACGGCUUUUUGAAACUGAAGAUGUUUUCAACAUAAAACUGAAGAUUCAUUGAUUGUCAAAAUAGGUGCAGAUCAAUUUUCUGUCAGUUGACUGAUCCAUCGACUAAUAAUAGUCUAUAAAUGUCUUAAAUAUAAUUUUGACAGACCUUUGAUUGGCAAUUGAUUGAAUUGAAUUGAAGUUAUUUGUAUUAAAAUGAGUGUUUUUGGAAAAUAACCCUAUUGAUUGAGCUAUAACAAAUACAAAUUGACACACAGAACCAAAUACAAUAUUUUCCUUCAUAUCCUUUGUACUUUCUUUCCCGUAUAGACAUGAAAUAGGUCUUAAAUUGCAUUCAUAAUGACCAUAAAAAGUCUUAAAUUAAACCUGUUGAAACCUGCAGAAACUCUGAAACCUUUUUUAGAAAUCAGAUUUCAGGCUAAAGUUGAGGCUUCUUGGUGAUAAACCCAGGCCUUUUUUGGCCUUAAGUUGACAAAGACCACCUGAAUGCACCGUUAGAUUUGUGCCCACUAAGCCUUCAGUCCUCCCAUAAACCACAUCUACAGCUUUGACUUCUUGAGGCCACGAUUGGUUUUUCUGGUUGGGGUUUUUUGUUCUUUAUGCGUUUGUUGGACCUGUCACUUUAAAUCUGACUUCAUUAACUGACAAUUAGGUUUUUAUUCUCUGCCGUCAAUUUGUAGCUGCUGGACACAUCGACUCACAGCGAGUCGAUAUUCACGUGAAAACACUCGCUACGAUUGUUGUUUUAACAGAUUUUAACACGGGUGGAUUUUUCCUUUAACCCGGGUGGAGAUUAUAAGCAUGUAAACACGUGGGGGGGGGGGUUGAUGGACCCUCCUCUUUCAGUAAUGUGAGACUGUAGUAAGAACUAGCUAACACAGCAAUAGCACUAGCAGCUUCAGGGUUCUGUGGGGCGAAUAUAUGCAACAGUUUCUAUGUUUUUCUCUGCUUCUUUUUUCUGCUCUCUCAGCUUAUCUGAUUAUCAACGGUUGGAUUUAAUUAAUUCUCCAAAAUCCAAGUCUUGCUAAGAGGAUUGUUUUUAUUAGAAACUCGGUUUAAAAAAUACUGAAUUACACUGACCACCAACUGCCAAUUCUUGCACUAAGUAUUGGUUGAUUUACACUUUUGUCUAAGCCAUACACACACACACAACACACACCACACACACACACACCACACACAGCAGGCCAGCUGUAGUUGGCCAAUGGAAAAUGAAUUGGGAACAAAUACAUGGGGCUUUACACUGAGGCUGCACAGCAUGACAGAUCUUUUACAUGGUUUCUAAUAUCACAUUGAUGCGUUGCCAUCGAAAUUUUUGCACUAAUUAUUCUGCCAUUUAUAAAAUCUGAGCUGGGCUUUCCGGCGUCUGUAGCACAAAGUAGCUUUAAAGUUGUAUUUCUCUGCUUUAUGUUUUUACAUCAAAUAAUCAUGAAACACACUCGGUAUUGUAGGUCUGUUUAGCUGAGCACAUUCACUGGUGUGAAAUCAGGUUUGUUUUGGAUGUUGCAGGUUAGAAAAACCCUGUGGUUUACAGACCGUCUUUCACACAGUCUUUGCUUUAGUGACCCCAACAUGCAAGUAAAGAAAGAAAAGAAACAAAAUGACUUUUUAACCUGGAAUUGAGCAAUUAUUGAUUAUUUUCUUGAUUGUUUGGUUAAGAAAUGUUAGAAAUAGUUUUUCAAAAAAAGCCUCUGAACUUAUCAAAUUGUUCGUUAUGUCGUACCAAAAGUCCUGAUCUCUUUUAGAGAAGACAAAGGACCAGAGGAAGUAUUAUGCUUGUUAGAUUCAUCUUUGAAUCUUCUGCCAACUAAUCGAUUAAUCAUUUCAGCUCCAUGACCAAGAAUAAAUCAAGAAGCAGGGCUGCAACAAAGAGAGACAGAUUCCUCCUGUCUUAGAGACCCUGUAGGUUCACAUCUUCUGCCAAAGUCUAAUUCUGGUGUCAGGUUUGGACACAGAAUCCAACUAAACUUAUUGUCAACAAAUCCCACGAACCAACAGCGUUAUCGUUCAUCUAUCAAUACUUUCUCACUUCCUCUCACUGGUUCCUACUCGAGACAUGAAUCUCUUCAUAAAGGAGUGAAUAGAGCACUUAUUGGGGACUACUGUCGGUGGUGGAUUAAUCCACAUUUGGUGCUCUAGUGCACCAGAUUCCCCAAUGGGGUAGGCUCUACCCUCACUUUGAAGUACCUGAAAUAAUUAUACUGCGAGUUGAAUAAAAAUAUAUAUAAAUGUAAAUUUGAUAAAUCACGUUUUAUAUUCAUUAUUGUUAUUUUCAGUGCAGUCGUAGCUGCUGUAACACCUCUGGACCACCUCUGGAAUAGACAAAGAUCCUCAGUGAAACUCACGUUUCUCACUAAGUUGUGCAUCGUGACAAAAAUGGGUUUGAUGGAGUGUUUUUCUUUUCUGAUGCAGCACUGUAUUGUACCUCUUUAUAUCUUUAUUUUAACCACUGCUCCAGUGAGUAUCGGCUGCUUGCACUACAGACAUUUUGGCGUGCCAAACACAGGAAACACACAAGGUGUAUUAAUGAGAGCUGCCUUCCACUAAGAGGGGACGUUCACCGUCACUGGGACGCUUAAUGGAAAUGAGCCAUUGUUACUGUUAUUAAGUCAAGAUGUCUGCUGUGCAAUCAGUCCACUUAAUGGUGUGUGUGGGUUUGAGUCCAAAUAAACUACAGUGUGUGUGUAAUUAAGGAAAAUGUCACCUACUGCAACAAAGUGGCUCAUUAAUGUGUUUUUUAAUAGUUUUUGGACAACAACGGAGCUCUAUGGCACAGAGGAGGAAGCUUUAUAAGGGAAAAAGGAUAGGUUUAUUCUUUUUCUGGGAUUUGUUGACAGUAAGAAAUGUCCUGUAACCUUGUCUCAUCCUUUUUUGACAUCCUUUAAUAACUGUGUGGCGUCACCUGAUUUCUGUUGUGGCUUCAAACUUAACUUCACCGCUGACGUCUGAAGUUGCCUCGUGUAGCAUAAAUCCUCGCGUAAAGCUUUUGUUUUCUUUUGUUUUUCCAGCAGCUGUAGCUUUGUUUGCAGAAGCUUUUGUUGUAACCUGUAAGUGACAUAUAACUGACAACACAGUGACAAAGAGUGUAGUGCUAAAGAAACCUGAGGGGUAAAAAAAGCCCCGCCUUCCACAAGAGGAGUCGACCUCGCCACGACUUUAGGAUUGUCAAAGCCAUUUGUUUCUUUUUUUUAUUUAUUUCAUUUAUUUUAUGAAAUAAAUAAUUGUGUAACCUGA